AUGAAAGUAGUAACUGUUGCACGUCAAUUGGGUAACUUGAUUUCCUACAAAAGCAUUUUGGAGAAUCUCAGGAACGAAGUCAAGAAUCUACAACAAAAAAGACAAAGGGUGCAAGAAAAUCUUACUUGUUUGGAUUAUGAGGAAUUCCAGACUAAAAGUAAGUGGUUAAAUAAAACUGAUGGGUUUUUUAGAGAAGUGAAUGAAUUUGUAAACUACUAUGAAGGAAAAGGUUCUUGCACAAAUUUCCUAUGGUGGUACAAGGUUAAUAAACAUGCAAGAAAGAUGAUGCAAGAAAUGUUACAGUUACAAGAAGAAGGUAAUCUUCAUCUGUUAGUGAAACCACCAAAAGAUUAUAAGGCCCCAAAAUCAAGAGCAGAUACUAUAAAUGAUAUUAUGGAGUCCCUGAAGGACCAUCAUAUCCAAACAGUUGGAGUAUGGUGGAUAGGUGGUGGAGGCACAACCUUAUUAGCCAAACAGGUUGGAGACCAAGCGAAAGAAGAACAAAACUUGUUCAAAGUGGUUAUCAUAGAUGUAGCUGAGAAGCCAAGCAUUGAACAAGUUCAAGAAGAUAUUGAAGCUAUAUUGGGUCUCCAGUUUAAUGGGGAAAUGCAUGUGGAAAGAAGAAACAGAUUGCGUCUUAGAAUAAAGAAAGAGAAAAGUAUUCUUAUCAUCAUUAAUGAUAUGUGGGGAGAAUUGAAUCCGCAAGAAUUUGAUUUGGAUGAAAUUGGAGUUCCUUUAGGUGAUGAACAUAAGGGGUGUAAAUUAUUGCUAAUAUCAAAAAGUUUGGAUUUCAUAAAAAAUUUGAUGGGUGCUCCUAAGGCUAAGGUUUUUCAACUAGAAAUGUUGCUAGAAGAAGAGGCCCAGAGCUUGUUUGAAAAGAUGGUUGGAGUCAUUGCUCAAGAUUCUGAGGCAAGCUCCAUAAUAACUGAAAUAGUGAAAAGUUGUGAAGGUUUAGCUCCUGCGAUUUUUACUAUAGCCAAGGUAUUAGAAAAGAAAGACCUGCAUGCUUUGCAAGAUGCCUUGAUGCAGCUAAAGGAACAUGUUGCACCAAUAAGACUAUGUUACAAUAGUUUAGAGAGUGAAGAACACAAAUUCUUGCUCUUGAUUCUUACCAUCAGGGGAAAGAGAGCCGUGAACAAGCAUAGUAUAUAUUUAGACAUGUGGGAAGGUUUAUUAAAAAAUCUUGAUACAUUAGAGGCUGCAAGAAGUAGGUGUGAUUCAUUAAUCAGUGAUCUUAAGGCCUAUGGUCUUCUGGUUGAAGAUGAAAAGGAAACUGUCAAAAUAAAUGACUUGAUAUGGCACACUGCUUAUUCAAUAGCUCAAAGUCAUCUAAAAGCUUCAAUGAUUUCUAAAGAAUGGCCACCUGAAGAAUGGUUGAGAAGUUUACGCUUCUGCAACAUGACUAUUGAGAGUGGUGCACAGGUUCAUGAAAAGUUGCAGUGUCCAGACAUUCAAGAGAUUAUACUAAGCACUGACAAUCCCUCAAUUCAGGUUCCCAAUUCAUUUUUUGAUGAGACUAAACUUCUGAAAGUAUUAAAACUUAUUGGUUUUGAUUGUUUAAAACUACCUUCUAGUUUUGGUUUGUUAAAGAACCUUCAAGCAUUAUCCAUGUAUAAUUGCGAAUUGGGAGACAUAACUAUAGUUGGUGAACUCACAAACCUACAAAUUCUUGUCCUCCUCGGAAGUAGAAUCCAACAAUUGCCUAGAGAAAUUGGACAGCUUCAGAAGUUGCUAAUCUUGGAUUUAAGAGACACUUAUCUCCAGGUGAUUCCAUCCAAUGUUCUUUCAAACUUAACUAGUUUAGAAGAAUUGUAUUUGAGAAACUCCUUUUGCAAUUGGGAGGUUGAAAGAUCCAACAGUGAAAACAGAAAUGCAAGCUUGAAAGAGCUAACAAACUUGCAUCGCUUGGCAUAUAUAGAAGACUUGUAUGUUCCUGAUCCUGAAGCAUGGCCAAUGGACCUGUACUUUGAAAAAAUGAAAUCGUACACGAUUUUCAUUGGGGAUAGGUGGACUGAGACCCAUAAUGGUGAUCAUGGGUUAAAAGUAUUGAAACUCAAGCUCAACCAACAUUUGCAAUUGGAGGAUGGGAUUGAAAGGAUGGUGAAAAAUGUUGAUGUCUUAUACUUAGAUGAACUGAAUGGUGGUGUCCAAGAUGUUCUGAGUGAUUUGGAUGAGUUUCCCCAUCUACAAUCGCUCUUUGUACAAAACAAUGUUGAAAUCAAAUGCAUAGCCGUGAGUUCUAGUGAUGAUCAUCACAGUGGUGCUUUCUCCAACUUGGAGUCUUUGUCUCUAAACAAUGUAAGCAAUUUAAAGCACAUAUGCCAGGGUCCUCUAAAUGAAAAAACUUUCUUCAAAAUAAGAGUCAUCAAAGUACAGCAAUGCCAUGAAAUGAAAUAUCUCUUCUCAAAUUCAAUGACCGAAGGUCUUCCUCAUCUUGUUGAUUUAGAAGUUUUAGAGUGCAAACUCAUUGAGGCAAUUGUGGUUGGAGGAGAGGAAAUAAUAGAGUUUCCUCAAUUACGCUCUCUAAGGUUACAAGGACUCCCUGCAUUAUUAUGUUUCUAUAUGCAUUAUUCUUACCGUGAACUCGCACUUUUUGAUGAAAUGAUUUCUUGUCCUAGUUUGGAGAGAAUGGUGAUUUCCAAUACUAGUGUAAGAUACAUAUGGAGUUUUCCAUAUAAUGUUCAAAAUUCACUUGGGAGGAUAAAGAACCUAUACAUCGAAGAUUAUGAUCUACCUGUAGUUGGAUUUCGAUUUGCUGAAAUGACCAAAAUGCAUCUUGAAGACUUGCCAUCAUUUAUAGACUUGAUCAAUGAAGGCCAUGUUGAAUGCUUGUCUUUGGAGAAUGUUGUUAUCAACCACUGCCCCCAUUUGCAUAAAUUUGGUUUGGGAAGUAUAGAAAGGUCACAGUUGAAGUCAAUGAUCAUAGACAAUCAAGACCAAAUUCACAAUGAUGCCCUAAUUAGUCGAGAAUUGGUAUUAAUGGAAUUACCAGACCUGGUGAACAUAUGGAAUACUGAUGUCUUUGGUUACGUUAAGCUCGAUAAUUUGAGAAAGAUACACAUCAAGAGUUGUCCCUCUCUGAUGGAAGUCUUUCCUAAGUUCGUUCCUGAGCUCCCCCGACUGAAUGAAUUGAAGAUUGAAGAAUGUGGGAAGUUAACACAAGUUUUUCAACAAGAUAGAGCUUCUCAUUAUCAUAUUAAACUCCUAUCAUUGAGCAAGGUGGAGCUUAUGUACCUCCCAGACUUAAUUAUGUUCCAUCCCAACAAUAAGGAUGCAGAAUUCCCAGUUUUAGAAACAUUGGUGAUACAAAAGUGUCCUAAGUUGAAAAUGUUCACCCAUGGGCUUGCAACUGCAUAUCAUUUGUCGAUACACCUUGAUUCUUUCUCUAAGUUAAAUGAACUCAAGUUGGAUAAUUGCCACACGUUGGUUUAUGUCAUUUCCUUUAUGACGUCACAACAGUAUCCAAAAUUGACGAAACUCACUGUAAGUCAUUGUAACUCAUUGAAAAUGAUAUUCCGCAUCAUAAAGGAAAUAUCAUAUCCUACAGAGCUUUUGCAGCAGCUAACUGAAUUGACUUUAAUUGACCUACCCAAUUUGACUCACAUCCUCAACAAAGAAAUGGAAGAGAAUGAGAUCUCCUUUCCUCAGUUGAAGUAUGUUUCUCUUGAAAAUCUAACAAAGCUCACAACUGUAUUUCCUUCUACAUCUCAAUUUCCAUCCUUGGAAACAUUGAUAAUCACAAAUUGUCCUGCUCUCAUCACUUUUCUUGAUGACUCCUUUGAGCAGAAGAUUCUCCCAAAACCUGCAACCUCAAACUAUUUCUUCCCAAAUUCUCUGUCAUUGAACAAGUUGAAAGUACUUUGUAUAAUAAACCAAGAUGUUGAGAAACUCUGGCACUACAAUAGCCCCCAAGAAUCAUUUUGUGAACUGGAAAAUCUAACUUUGAGGAACAACAAAUUGUUGAAUGUCAUCUCUUCCAACAUGAUCAAAAGAUAUGACAAACUAAAAUCUAUGACUGUUGAUAAAUGUGAAUUUCUGACAGAGAUAUUUGACAUUGAAGAUGACAAGCAAAAUCAUAAUAUCCAUGAAAUGUUUCCUCAACUGAAUACAUUAGCAUUGAGUAACCUAAACAGUUUGACAUGUCUCUGGAACAAGGAACCUCAAGUUCCAUUUUUCUCAAAUUUGAUGUCACUUCAAAUUGUCCACUGUGAUAGCCUCAAAAGUUUAUUCUCAACUUCUUCUGCCAAAAAUCUUGGAAAACUCAAAAUGUUCAAAUUGUGUGAUUGUGAAAAAAUAGAAGAGGUAAUAUCAAUUGAUAAAAAUGAAAGUGUAUCUAAAAUUUUCCCUGAAGUAGAAUGCCUUGUACUAAAAAAUCUUCCAAAGUUAGUCAGUUUUUGUCAGCAAAAUGGGACUUUUGAGUGGCCUAAAUUACAAACAGUGAGGGUGAGCAAUAUUCCAAGCAUGAAGACAUUUUCAGAAGGUCAUGUGAACACACCAUCGUUAAGAUCAGUUUAUAUAACAUUUGUUAAGAAAUACUGGCUGGGGAAUUUGAAUAAGACCAUAUCAUAUAUUCAUCGCAAUUCAGGAUGGGAAAAUCUAACUCUGAGCAACAACAAUUUGUUGAGUGGCAUUUCUUCCAAUAUGAUCACAAGAUACAACAAUCUAAUAAAUUUGACUGUGGACAAAUGUGAGUUACUAACUGAGGUAUUUUAUCUUGAUGAUGACAAACAAGAUGAGAAUAUCAAAGAAAUGCUUCCUCAACUAAGGGCAAUAACAUUGAGCAACCUAAAGAGUUUGACAUAUGUAUGGAACAAGGAACCUCAAGUUCCCUUUUUUCCAAAUUUGGUGUCACUCAACAUUGUCAAUUGUGGUAGCCUCAAGAGUUUAUUCUCAUGUUCUGCUACCAAAAACCUUGGAAUGGAACAAUAG